CCUCAACUACAUAUUAGUUUGACGAAUGACUUAAAACAUACGAUUUGGGAACGCAUUUUCAAAUAAAGCAUAAAAUAUUGUCUGUGUGAUUUUUUAUUUAUUUGAAUCAAACAAAAUCUGAAGCUUUACAGACAAAGACGUGAUGAUUUAGGCACAUAGCGAAACCGCGAUCAACUUUCACUCCGUCAGUCAGUUUACGAAAAUCCACAGAGAAAAUCGCAAAUUUUUUCCAUGUAUGAAAAAAAAUCAAAAACUAUAAAUCAAGGAACUUUUAUACAAUUGUACGCUGAUUGAUUAUUUUUUACUUAACUCUCGUGCUAAAUUUGGUGGAAUUAAUAAGCAGCAGUCGAUAUUCAUCCUCGUUUAGUAAACCUCAAAUUACAAAUUAGUGAAAACAUGGAACCACGAACCCCCUCUCCUUCUCCGGAACAAGAAGCUCUACAAAAUCCGAUCAUUCUUCAGAAAAUAUUUCAAACUAAACGUCUCCCUGUUAAAAACUUGCGUCUGGUUUGCCAAUCAUGGAAUCAAAUAAUACUCUCCCUUCCCGAGCCAAAAUUGUGUUUCGACCUGAUGAAUCCCCAUGGAUCAGGGGAUCCUUUAAAUUGCUGUACUACAGCUCCACUUGAAUUAGUUUGCCUCAAAAUGGAACCCAAACUCGCAAGAUGUAUAUUGGACGAAGCAUCUCACUCCAAAAGAAUUUGCUCCUCUGCCUCCCGACUACUUCAUGUUUGCCCCAUAUUUUCGCAAGUCAUUGAAGAAAUAGUAUUCACCUUCGUCGAUGAGGACCUUAUCUGGACGAUGUAUGAAACAUUGCAAAACUUCUGCCCAAACUUGAAAAAAAUAUAUUUCCAAGUGUACGGAAUGCGUCAAGACUACGCACGUUCCCAGAAUAUGGCACCAUUUUGGAUCAGACCCAAGUUGACUUCUAUCGAAAUAUAUGGGUAUGACUUCGGUGGACGAAAUGAUUUCCUUUUCCUAAAGAUGGUACAGAUGAUUAUCAAUGCGGCUCCAAACUUAACACGUUUCGUCUACCGUGGCGACCGAUAUCCAGACCUGAGUCACUGUGGUAAAAUUAAAAGCAUCAUGAUUGACAUGAGUUUCAUGAACUUGGCACAUAUCUCAAGUUGUGCUGGAGCCAAUGGACUUAACAAAAUGUUGGACCAGGUGAAAACUCAUCUGCAAGUGUUAGUGAUGGAUAACGUGGUUUCAUUGUAUGAUAAAGAAGAUGAUCUCGACGUCACUGAAGGGAUCGACCUCGUGGCUGAAAUUGCUUUCAAGAUUCCAAAAAUGCCGAGUCUUAUAAAAUUUGAAAAUCAGUUGGUGGAUGGUUUUACUUGCGGAGAUAAUUUAGAAGACAUUUGCACCGCGAGACUCCCAUCCCUGGAGACUUUGAAGCUCGGAAAAUCAUACCCGUAUUACUUUCCGUCUAAUCUUGACGACUUGUUGAAAAGAGCAAUCCAGUCGAAGAAUUUGUUCAGUGGGGUGAAGAAUCUUGUGCUAACGGAUGUACGGGAUGUCGAGUCAAUCAACGGAUUAGGUCAAGUAUUCACAAAUUUGCAGAGUUUCUCAAUUCUUAAUUGGGAAAGUUACGGGAAAGAAACGGAAAAGAAAUUUGCUCAUGCUAUCCAAUGGGUGGCCUGUUGCGACGAUUUGCCUCCAACUCUGAAAACGUUUGAUCUACAAGUUUUCCCGUGGCUUCAGGAGGUGGGUGCCGUUUCGCGUGGAGUUGAACGCAUGAAAAUGUUUCUGGGGGUAAUCAAAAGAAAUAAAUUGCCUCAUGUAACUAUUAAGUAUGUAAAGUUUACGGAAGAAGUAUGGCAAUGGAUGGACCCCUUCAUUCGUGACAACCAGAUUCCUAUUAAAUUUGAAAUAGAAUAGGCAAACAUCAGAUGAUGAAAAAUACAUGUAUGAUACGGACGGAACUUUUUAAUAUAGAAUAUUUCUAAACUUUUUCAGGCAAACAGCCUCAUUUUUAGUUCACAAUUAUGUAUGCAGAGAUCAAUAAUUAUCAAUUAGUUAGUUGAAAAAAUUACGCAACCGGUGUACCUCCAUAUUUAUGAAUCGAUACCGAAAUAUGUAAUCCGUUCAUCGUCACUGUAUACAAAGUUUAUUAAAGGUGAACAAUUUAUUUAUAAAAUCUA